GAGAAAGCGGGCGGACGUUAGAAUCUCUUCGACAAAAUGGACUGGGACGGGAUAGCACAAAUGGUUGGGGAAUACGACAAGUACCAGAUGCUGAUGGUUUGGCUGGUGUUUGUGCCAGCACAUUUAUCAUUUGGACCUCAUUACUACGAACAACUGUUUAUGAGUAUCACUCCAUAUUACUGGUGUGAUCCCAGUGCGUCCAACUUGUCCAGUGCACCUAAAGAUACAAGCAAAGUUACAACUGAACAAACACCAGUCUCACCGGGAUCAAGAGGUCAGUGCUGGGUCACCUAUUCAAACAUCAGCAACUCCGAGGAAGUUAAUAACCUUGACCCUAACAGAUCUCGAAUGAGGACCUCUGAUCACGUAACACUGGCCUGUACCAACGGCUAUGUAUACGAUCGGAGCUGGCUUCACUCUGAUGAGAGUAUUGUUACUGCAUGGGACCUAGUAUGUGACAGAAGCUGGUUCGUACCUCUCACAAUGACCUUGUUUCUAGUGGGCUGUUUAUUUGGACAGUGUCUUUGUCUCUUUGUAGCACACAGAUACGGAAGAAGAAAACCGUUCUUCAUCUUCCUAGGGGCGCAGUGUGUGGUCGGUGUGGUGACAGCUUUCGCACCAGAUUUUUCAUCCUUUACAAUUCUCCGGUUUUUCAUGGGAACGACAGUGCCUGGAGUUUUAUCGUCCCCAUCAGCCUUAGCCCGUGAAAUUGUGGGUUCUCCUUAUCGGGUGAAGAUUUGGUUCGUGAGCACUGCAGCCCGGAGUCUGGGAGUCCUACUUCUUGCUCCCAUUGCUGUAUUGAUUCGAGAUUGGACCCUACUUUCUCUGACCACUAGUCUUCCCUUUGUGGCUUUCUUUUUCUACUGGUGGGUUCUUCCAGAGUCGCCUCCUUGGCUCAUCACAAGAGGGCGCUUUCAAGAAACCGGACGUCUUUUAUGUAACAUCUCCCAAACCAAUGGAAAAAAUAUUUCACCAGAUUUCAUAGUCAGCCUUAAGAGAAAAUUCCGAAUAGAAACAGCUUUACAGGAUGGCAGCACUAAGAAAGCCGAGCCAACGCUACUCAAUCUUUUCUACACACCAAACCUAUGUAGAAAAACAUUACUCAUAAUGUCCAUCUGGUUGUUGAAUUCUACUUCCUUCGUUGGAUUAACAUAUUAUGCGUUUGAAAUCGAUGAACACGUCAACUUAAACUAUUUUCUUGCGUGCUGUGCAGAGUUUUUAGGGGUAAUAUUGCCCUUAUGUUUCUUACAUCAGUCAAGUCGACGAUGCUCAGUAGUAGCGUCCUCUACCAUUAGCGGUGUGCUUCUCUUGGCCCUUCUCAGUCCAUCAUUAGGUAGUAAAUCGUCCAAGACGCUGUUUUUUCUUAGUAAACUAACCGUAUCAACUUGCCACACUAUGCUGCCAGUCUGGACUGUAGAACAGAUGCCUAUUGUGUUAAAGGAAAGUGCUCUUGGACUUGGAGAGAUCACGGGCCAGUUAGGACUAUUGCUUCUACCAACAAUAAUGUACUUUCUUAGAGAGUGGGGAAUAUCUAACCUCUAUAAAAGUCAGUGUGUUUUACGUCACGCCAUGAUGAAGCAGAAGAAUGGUAUUUUGAAGAAUCGAGGGCCUCAACCACAGUCUCCAAUUCUUAGCCUCCUUAGACGCCAAGAAGUUCUCAGAAGAAACUCUGAUUGCGACAUCGAGCUAAACACAGAUCAACAAUCCUGUCCUGAACCCCCAACAGAAACUGUUAUCGUCACUGUUCUCUAACACAACUGAACCUUGCACGUGAAGAUUAACGCACAUGGUUGGCACAUCACCAUCUUCAAGACCAAAUGUUCUGUUAUCUUUUUUUUUUUCGUAAGUAACUACAUUACAUCUACUUUCCUCGACAUUUUCCCAAAAGACAGAGUUCCGAAUGUACGUGAUUUCUACAAAUAAACGA